UUACAUUUCAAGAUGUCUGCGCCCUUGAAAAACUUGUGACAAUGCCGUCUGCUAGUUUAUGAUAUUGGAAAAAUAUGGUUACUUAGCAGAGAAACAAUGUCGUUUCCACAAGCAAGCAGACUUUUGUUUGCUGGUCCUAUGCAGAAAUGGCGCUUCAUGUCAUCAUGGCAACAAAUUAUGCAUUCGCAAAGGGUUGCAAGUAUGUUGAUACAGAAGCAGAUACAAACAGCCAGGCCGUGCCAGUGGUGCCAGUCAGUUUACCUACAUGACUCACCAGCUCUCCAUGCUGCAAGGAAAGAUAACUCUAAGAAAAAACUGGUUAAAAGGUUUAAAGUGAACAACAAGGGUGUAAAGUUGAAGGUUGUCACUGUGUUUGAUGGCAUGACAGUGGAGGAGCUCGCCCAGGCCAUGGACAGAGAGUGUGACCAUGUGUUUGAAGUGCUGCUUUACACAAAAGGAGGGGAUCGGUAUGAUCAAGAAACGUCAGUUAUUGACGACCUCGACAUCAUUAAAGACAUCAUAAAGAGAUCUGGGAUGAAGUAUCAGAUGGGCAGCAGGGAGAAGAGGCUGAAGGCUGACAUGAACAAGGACGUCAUUCGACAGCCACCUCCGGACCCAGCUGAGAUGGUCAGCAGACAUCCUGUGGUGACCAUCAUGGGUCACGUGGAUCAUGGGAAGACAACUCUGCUGGACUCGCUGCGCAACUCGAAAAUAGUGGAGCAGGAGUUUGGAGGUAUCACUCAACACAUUGGAACCUUUACAGUGAAACUUUCAACAGGUGAGUCCAUCACGUUCCUGGAUACCCCCGGACAUGCUGCCUUCUCCUCGAUGCGAGCCAGGGGGGCGAGAGUGACGGACAUCAUCAUCCUGGUGGUCGCUGCAGAUGAUGGAGUCAUGAACCAGACCAAGGAGUCCAUACAACAUGCCAAGGAGGCCGAUGUUCCCAUCAUCGUUGCAAUAAACAAGGUGGACAAGCCAGAGGCUGACAUUGAAAGGGCAAAGAACAUGUUGCUGGAGCAGCAGCUGGUCCUGGAGGACUUCCAGGGGGAUGUACAGGCCAUCCCCAUCUCAGCACUGAAGAGAACAAACUUGGACUUGCUGCAAGAAGCUAUUGUAACACAAGCUGAAGUUAUGGAGUUGAAGGCUGACCCAAAGGGGCUUGUGGAAGGGAGUGUCAUCGAAGCCAUGACGGAUCCAGGCAGAGGGAAACUUGCCACAGUUGUCAUACAGAGGGGGACCCUGAAGAGGGGAGACCUAUUGCUGGCUGGUACUACCUGGGCAAAGGUCCGAGGUAUGUUUGAUGACCAGGGCCGACCCCUGCAGGAAGCGCCGCCUUCUACCCCAGUGCAGAUCAUUGGUUGGAAGGAUCUGCCUUCAGCUGGAGAUGAGGUUCUUCAAGUAGAAAGCAUGCAAGUCUUGAAGGAUGCCCUAGAGUGGAGAAUUGAGCAGGAGACUCUGAAGAAGAUUGAUGAGAACCAGGUUGUGAUUGACGAGAAGAGAUCUCAGCAUGAUGUUGUGUACAAGCAGAAGGUUCAGCAGAGGAGGGAGAGUGGACGCAAGUAUGGCAUGAGCUCCCAGAAACAGAAGGAGGCAGUCAUUGGAUAUGAGGGGCCACAGCUGUCACUUGUCCUUAAGGCUGAUGUAGAUGGUUCUCUGGAAGCCAUACUGGACACACUCGACACCUUCCACUCCAAGAAGUGUCGGUUGGACCUGAUCCAUUAUGGCGUUGGGAAUGUGACAGAGACAGAUGUGCAGCUGGCUGAAAACUUCGGGGGGGAGAUAUUUUGCUUCAACGUCAAGACACCUCAGUCAGUUGCCAAGGUGGCACGGUCCAAGUCAGUGCCAAUCAAGAUGCACAAUGUCAUCUACAACCUGUUUGACAACCUGCUGGACAGUCUUUCUGCAAGACUACCUCAUGUAGAAGAGGAGGAGGUUUUAGGGGAAGCUGAGGUUAAGAGUGUGUUCGAGGUGACGUCCAGGAAGAAAAAGAUACCUGUUGCAGGGUGUCGCUGUAUAAAAGGAUCUCUCCACAGGAAGCAAGGGUUCAAGGUCCUACGCAGAGAUGAAGUAAUUUAUAAUGGAGAAAUUGCCAGCUUGAAGCACUUCAAGGAGGAGGUAGAUAAUGUGAAGACCGACAUGAUGUGUGGGAUAAGUCUAGAAGACCUGUCUCUCACCUUCCAGGCUGGCGACAUCAUUCAGUGUGUGCAGGUCAAACAUGUGCAACAAGACAUUGAUUGGCAACCAGAGUUUUGAUGAAACAGCCUAUAGACAUUUUAUUUUAUCACACUAUUCAGAAAUGCAUUCUCCAAACAUGUGAAUAUUUGGAAUUAUGCAAUUUAUAAUUUGUUUGUGUUUCUCUUCAUCGUUUCUGUACAUACGAUGUAUUGAGGUGAAAGUUUGCUGACAGCUGUGUUUGUGUGUGUAGGGACAAUGGUGUGAAUCUGAGAGGAUUGCAGCAGUAGAGUAAAAGGUAUUUGUACAUAAACUGUGGGAUUGUCAGCAGAUUGUGUAUCAGAAAAUUCUUCUCCAAGUUUGGUGGAAAUCUGAUGGUCCCAAAUCUUGUUAAUAUGGAGGAUAUUCAAUGAGUUCAAAGCCACAUUCGUGUGUUGCAAAACUUGUUACAACACACUUGUCCACAGGCGCCUUGUCCUGUGGUACAACACACGUUUUGUUAGAAUCCACAACAUUCAGCCUUGAUGUUCUUGCACAUUUAGUGCAAUGAAAGCAUAUUAGCUUAAUAUUGGCCAUUAAUGGUCUGACAUUUUUAGGAUGAUUCUUUUGGAAUCCCACUAAUACAUAGCUGUCUCCUUGCCAGCUUGGGAUGCUGACUUCCUUCUUGAUCAGGAAGCUUUCACAGCUCUGAUUAUUGUUUUGUGUCUGCAUGAUAGUGAUGAAUGCAUUUAUCAAGAAAGAUAAGGAACCUGAUGCAUUUCUGAUCAGGACUAAGAUGCCCCGAAACCUAGCUUGUUAAACCUGAUGUCCAGCUCUUUUCAUUCCUCAGAAUGUUCUCAACUCUGUUAUGAAUGAUGCCAACUGUCUUGGUCAUGUGAUGUGUGGUGAUUUGUUAAUAAUCC